GUCAACAUCACCGCUUUCAACGGGACCAACGGCACCGCAGAGACAGCAGAGCAGAACGGCACAAGUCCGUGGAGGUACCGGUCUUCUGGUGAUCUACAAGAACUGCCCUACGCGGGAGACCACGGCGUGUAUUUCGGUGGAGGCUACGUAGCCGACACGUCCGACAACGCGUCACGGGUAAUCGGAGAUCUGAAGAACCAUGGCUGGAUCGACAGAGCAACCCGAGCUGUCUUCACCGACGUCACCCUGUACUCGCCCGACUCCAACCUGUUCUCCAUCGUGACCCUGCUGGUGGAGUUCACGGCUAUCGGGGCCGGCUUCCCCCGCUGGGAGGUCCACACGGUCCACCUCUACCGCUUCCACGGCGGCUGGGAGGUCUGGAUGGCGCUCCUCUACAUUUCUGCGCUCGCCGUUUUCACUGCGGUCUUCGCGAUCAAAGAAGGACGGAAGGCCUACAACAGUGGAGCUCUGUACAUCAUGGACUUCUGGAACUGGGUGGAACUGAUCAUCAUCCUGCAGGCCCUGGCGGGAGUCGCCACCUUCUUCUACUCUGAGGCCGUUCUGGAAGACGUAGCCAGUAAAAUGAAAAAUGGUGAGAACUCUGGUCUCUUUGGACGAUUCGUGAACUACAGACGCGCGGCCGUCUGGGACCAGGUCUACACUUACGUCAUCGCCACCCUGCUGUGCAGCGUCACUCUCAAGAUGACGCACCUGCUGCGCUUCAACCAUCGCGCGUCUCUCCUCAUCCACACCCUCAAGCGCAGCGUCGGGCCGCUCUCAGGCUUUUCCGCCAUGUUCUUCCUCUACUUCUUCGCCUUCGCCAUUCUGCUCCAUCUGACGUUUGGUCUGCGCAUGCUCUCCUACAGUUCCUUUGCUCGGACAUUCGAGGCGAUGGUGACCAUCAUAGCUGGUGACAUCAACUAUGACGAAAUAUCUUCUACUACUGGCAAUCUGGGAACUUUCAUUCUGUUUCUGUUUGUUUUCGUCUUUAACAUCUGUCUGAUUGGUUUCUUUGUGGCCAUCAUUGACGAGUCUUAUCAUAGCGCAAAGGACGAUGAACAGUUAGAGAAAACUGACUACGACCUGAAAGGGUUUUUCAAAUAUCAACUGCAAAAACUGAAGCCAAAGAAGAAGGCAAGAAAGAAUGAUAAUGACAACUCGUCAUCCAUAUCCGGGCCUGGUUAUGAUGAGUUUAAGGUUAACGUGAUGAAGAGGCUGAGCACAGUUUUUGAAGACUUGGAUGAACGAUAG